AGGGCGGCCGACACGAAUGGAAGUAUGAAAGAAAAGGAUAGGCUUUCAUUCAGCUUGGAAAAUUCAGCUUGGCGUCUGACGUUCGGGUGUCGCACAAAGGUCACUGUGCUGUCCUGUUCUUUGCACGAAAUUCCAUUGGUUCAGCAGGAAGACGCCCCAGCUCUCCAGCGCCACAACCGGCCAUCCUCCUAACUGAAGUUUUAAAAAAGCCACGGCCCCCUGUUUUAUUUGUGGCGGGAAAUCAACCGCGGCGGAGGGUUGAUCAGCCGUCGAUUCGACGAGACGCGGCGGCGAUGGCAACGCGACGGGCGGGCACGCCUCAGCUCCACUCCACUCCACCCAGCUUGACGCAGACAAGAGGAAGGGAAAGGGCAAGCCGGAAAUCCCAGCUGUGCAGUGCAGGAAUCCAAUUCCACCCUCAUCCUCCGCUCCCCACUUUUGUUCCAUAAUUCAUAUUCCUGCCUCUCUCUAUCUCGUACUCUCUGUUCCGGCCUUGCUUGUUUCGUCUGCAUACCCUCCGUGCCCCAGAAGAGGAAGAGGAGGAGGACGAUCGUCGGCUUCGGCGUCGGCACAACGGAUGUCUGACCGGGACCUCCGACCACUGCGCUCGAUCCGAAUCACAGGGGAUGGGAGAUGCCUGUUCCGGUCCGUCGCUUACGGCGCCUGCUUAAGGAGAGGACAUCAGUCGCCUACCGACAGCGCCCAGAAGGAACUCGCCGACGAGCUUCGAGCAAAAGUUGCAGAUGAGUUCAUCAAGAGAAGAGGAGACACCGAAUGGUUCCUCGAAGGUGAUUUCGAGAGCUAUGUGCGUAAGAUGAGAAAGCCUCAUGCUUGGGGUGGAGAACCUGAACUUCUCAUGUGCUCCCAUGUUCUUAGGAUGCCCAUCACUGUUCACAUGUACAUCAAGGGGUCUGAUAGUCCCAGGAUCAUAGCAGAAUAUGGUCAGGAGUAUGGCAAGGACAGCCCGGUCCGUGUUCUCUAUGAUGGUUAUGGGCACUAUGAUGCGCUGCAGCCAUCUCUUGUAAGAACACAAUCAAGACUGUAAGUAAAAUACUGAGAGGAGUGUAGCUAACAGGAGAAUGCGUUAUCUAAGCUUCUUCUACUUCUCUAGGACAGCCGCAUAAGUGCUGGCAUCUGCUACAACUUGGUUUUGCCCAGACUUGCCAAAACCAUAUAUAGCGCACAUGGAGUUCAGCUUGGCUUUACUGCUUCAUAGGCUGAUGUAUAAAUAAACUUCAGCUGUGUAACUCCCGAUCAAUCAGAAAUUUAACUGUAUAACCUUACACUGGGUCCAGCUUAAGAGAGCUGAAUGUUUUGUGAAAUUAUGCAACAUUUCAAUCCUAAA